AUGACUCGAUACGAGUUGUUUUGUUUUCUGGCUUGCUUCCUUCAGAAAUCCCUUUGCCAAGUUAUAACGAACACACCAUACUAUGCAAAUACUAUUUCAACCAAUGGUGUGGGUAUAUCAAGUAAUGGAAUUCCAGUAAUGAAUUCACUAGUUGGUACGAGCUCUAUUGAUGAUGUCAUAGGAAAUGGAAUGGUACCAAAUAAUAUCGCAAUAACAAGCGGUUUGCCUUCUGGACCAAUUUAUUCUGGAAUAACAGGUGAUGGACCUAUAAAUGCUGCAGCAGUAACAACUAUGGCCGCAAAUGCCGUCAAUACUAUGAUAAAUGGAGGAGGUAGUGGUUUAGAAGGAUUCUCCCUCGGGGGUUUGCCUUACUCCGGUGUUUCUCCAAUGGGAUAUGGAGACGUGGCUGUAGCUGGACAAUUACCAGUUGGUGGAUCCACAGCUGUAGUUGGCAACGUACCAGUGAUUGGAUAUGUUACCUUUGAGGGGACAAUACCAGCUGGAGGAACCGUCUCUCUAGCUAGUAAUUGCGGCUGCUCUAAUCCCACUAUUUAA